UACAGUGUACAUGUACAUGUAUGUGUAUUGUGUUACAUGGGCGUAUUCUUGGAGCGGUACAUUUAUCUUGAAUGUGAGAGGGCAACGACGUCACGAUAAUUUACGAUGGAUAUAGUGCUGUGGAAGACUCUAACCUAUGUUUUCAUCAGAGGAAUGGAGUCGACAGCAAGUGCAACCCCAAUGACUACAAGUGUGGAUAGGAGCAGAGAUGUCCCAAGGGCUUUCCUCAUUGUCCUUCUCAUACUCACUGUGGUACAAACUCAAGCAGAGAAACAGUGUGGAAAGCCAACACCACCUCAGUGUAAAGAUGACUGCACCAACAAGAUAUGGUUUCAUGUCACCAACUCCACUACUGGUAUUGGCACUUGCCAGCAAUGCCUAGACUGUCCACCAGGCUAUCAGCUUGACCGUGCAUGUGGUGGUGAGGAAGGAUUGGAGGCUAUCUGCGUACCAGUCUGCUUUCCAGGGGAAUUCUUUGACAUGGACCAGUCUCGCUGCAUCCCCUGCCGACAUUGUGAUAAUACCAUCGGAGAUAUCGCAUGCAGUGCUACGAGUGAUGGCAAAUGUGGUCCCUGCAGACAAGGGUACUUUCAUGAGCAAGGUAAACCAGAUCUCUGCCACCACUGCUCAUUGCUGACAGAGACGGAACAGGACUCAAAACCGCAGUGCCAAACCUCCAGAAUCUCAACAGAGCCACCUUUAACUGUAACUACCUCAGAAAGCCCAUCUGCACGUCAUGAGGACACCCCAGCAAUGGUUAGGACUACUGCUGUGUCAACAACAACUCCUGACAGCCAUGGGACAGGACAUAUGAUGGCAUCAUCCAACAGAGCGGGUCAAACAUCACUGCCAGAUAGCACUACCAGCAGCAACAUCGAGUUGCCUAAUGAUAACAUCUUUCAAAAUGAACCUUCUGCCGAGGAGACAGAUGGCAAAGAAGCUAGUCAGGAUGGUCCGUUUUCACCACAGUCAUCAAGUGUUCUGGUUGUCUGUCUCCUGACUCUCUUCCUGCUUGUUCUCCUGAUCGGGGGAUUUGGUUGGGUCACCGUUAAACGUUCACGUAGAGUGGCACAGAGACAACAAGAGCAGCGACGAUCAUUCAGACAAUUUGUGCAAAGGAACUGGAUAGAUGAUGGCAGCCAGCAUGACCCAGACAGUGAGGAUGAAAAAGUUUUCGUGGAUUGUGAGAACGGGACCGCGCAAUAUUGGGAUCUGGCUCCUAGGUGUCCAGUGAGUUCAAGUCUGCUGAAUGGUGGACUAGAAGCUUCUAGCUUUUCCUCUGUUUCUUCUGUGUUUGCAGCUCAGAGGAACAACUCUGAUCUAACAGACCAGACAUCUGGUCGUUCACUGAAUUAUUCACUGUUGGAGGAACAGAUCCAAACAAUGUACCGUCUUGAGUCUUGCGAUUGGAAAUGUCACGAUGAAGAUGACAUGGUUUACAUUAAACCUAUACAAGACACGGAGAAAUCCAUGCCACUUAGAUCUUAUGAAAGGCCUCUGAAAGUUUUGAAUCAUGAAGAGAAUGGUGCUUCAGAGGCUACCCAUCUUCUGGCAGGUGAUAGUGACGGGGUAACAGACCCAAACGCCCCAGCAAGUCUACAAUCCUUUGAUGGAACUCAUUCUCUCUUGAGUAUCACAAAGAGAUCCAAAGAUCAGAAAGGCAAAAAGUCAAGAGGUUUACAGGCAAAAGAAGGGUCUGCUGGAGGCCGCUUAUCUAAGGCUUUUGUCAAUGCUGGUGUUCAGUGCCAUGAUACAGCAUUCAAAGCUGGGAAAGAUGAGGUCUGCAACGGGAAUAGUGAAAGAAAUGAUGAAGAAGAUGGAAUGACUGCAGUCCAAGAAGCUGGAGAUGGCGUAAGUCAAGCAGUCCAGACUGGACAACAGCAGGUUAAAAUUUCAACAGCAGAUUUCAAGACAAAUGGAAAUGGCACAAGAAUGGCAGCAGAACAAGAGGCCACAGUCUGCAAAGUCCAAGCCGUCCAGACUGACUUUCAGCAGGCGUCUGCAGCAAUUGCCAAGAGAAGCGAAGAUGCAGCAGAACAAGAGGCCACAGUCUGCAAAGUCCAAGCCGUCCAGACUGACUUUCAGCAGGCGUCUGCAGCAAUUGCUGAGAGAAGCAAAGAUGCUACAGGAAUGGCAACAGAACUAGAAGCUACAGUCUGCAAGCCACAAGAAGUCCAGACUGACCUCCAGCAAGCUGUAGAUGGGAAGAGAAAUGGCGAAAAACAUCAAAGCAAAGAAGCUACACCUAGGACCAGUGUGACUGCUGCUGUCGUUGGACUAGAGCAAGAGGCCACAAUCUGCAAACCAGAAGCGACCCAGACAGAGGCACAUGAAGGUGUUUCCGACAUCACUGCUUCAGGAGCAGGGCAAGUCAAGGAAGAUUCCAACGGAUUUGGAAAUCCAGUCGAGCCAGAAGCCACUGCAUUCAAAGGACUAGAGACCCAAGCAGAACCUGAUGGAAGCAUUCCCCCACCUGUAUCUACUACAAUCUCAAGCACUGAUGACAAAGCUAGAAGUGCAGGCUCUCCCCAUACAAAACAAAAGCCAUCUAAGAAGGGGAAAUUUAUCAAACCUGCACCUCCUUCCAUCAAUGUAAACUGUGAAGGGAGUAAAAACCAAAUAAGUGUAAACUACAGUGUCCAUUACCAUCAGAAUGACAGCUACAGCCCCAGUGAGACAGAGACUGACAGUGAGUAGAAUAUUUAGCUUGUCUGCCCCUUCGCUGUGAACCAUCGGGGACCAGACCUUGCGGAGUUUGACCAGGAGGUAUCAAGACUUUUGCCACAAGAGUCAGACCAUGGUGCCUGAUAAGUACAUGUAAAUCACUUUUCUAUCUUCCUUUUGUAUUUUUUCUUUGAAAAUGUAGUAUUUACUAAACAAACUAAUCCUGUGAAUUUUACAGCAGCACACUGUAUUUAUGGUUGUGUGGCUUCAGAAUGUGGCCUUCAGACUGAUAAUUGUACUUUGUGGUAAAACACCCAUUUUUUUCUGUGAUACUCCAUGCCCUCUUUGGGGGAGUGGCCCAAGGACAGAUCCAGAUGGGUGCCACUGGGGGCCAUGUCCACCCCCAGGAGCCACAAAUUUUAAUGUUUUGUAAUGAGGGAGACAGGAAUUUCUGCUCAUUUCCCUCUUUCUAAAGCAUGUUAAAAAACAGAGCCCUGAAAUGUAGUCUCUAACCUCCCAGAGGCCAUAAAAGGUUACCUGAAAAAUUUCCAAAAUAUUUUGGCCGUGGAUCCCCUUUGGCGUGAUCCUACUUCUUUCUUGCCAUCAAAGUAAUCUAUGCAAAAGUAUGAAUAUACCUGAAAUAAAGAAAACUAGACCUAAAGAGAACCACCCAUCUUCAAACCAGGCUGAAAUCACAGGUUAAGGUAUCCUCUCAAGCAAUACAAGAGGAAUCAUUGUAAACCAGCAGUUCAGACAUGACUUGGUCAAUACAGGCGAUUCACAAUAGUGUGCCUCCAAGAGUUUGGAACGCGUAGGUCAAUCCUGGCGCACAAAUCUGCAUCUAAUGUGCAUUUGGAAAGGGUUGAUAGAUUUCCUGCAUUGUGAUUGUGAAUGUCCCGUAUUGAUCUGAGUGAUGCUUUAGCUGGUCAUGCUCAUUAUUCUUCAAGUCCUCUGAACUAUUUAAAUUGGUGUCAACUCUAUUCUGCAGCAUUAUGCCCAAUUGCCAAGCUUUCAGAGUGGCCCCCCCCAACAAAAGAAGUGUAACCAAAAGUAACAUGUUUUUGUCAAAAUCAUUGUCAGAAAUUUCUUGUUACUGAUAUCAAAAUCAAUGCUUAGAACGUUAUCUUUGGGAGAAAUUAAUUGUUGCUUGGUGGUUGUAUUUUUUGUUGUUUUCAUUUUUUUUUUAAAUAAAAUGUAACAAUAAUAAUAAAAAAUAUGCAGAGAUCAUAGUGAUUAAUUGAUCAUUUUGUGGCAUCCCAGUUGCUAAAGCUAUCAGUAAACUUAAUUGCUUCUUGGAUCAAUUUCAAGCAUCAAAGGAAUCUUGCUGUUGGCACAGAUUAGAAAUUUAAUGUAUCGACUAUUAAACCAAAUACAUGUAGUUUUUAUGCAACUUACAAUGCAAUCUUUCAAAGAGGAGAGUUUUAAAUUAACUUGUCUGAAAACGUUUAAGGAAUUCUCAUGUUAUAUUACUGUGUAUUGUAUGCAAUAAUUUGUUUCAGUUAAGAAAUUGUUAUUUGCCAGAUAAAUUGAAAGUAUUCACUGGAAAUAAACAUAUUCACAUAGAUAUUCAAAUAUGUUUUCAUAUCCUUGAGGUAAACAUCUUUUAAUUCUGUGUUUUACUAUCUCAAGUUAAGUUUAAUGUAAACAUGUGAAGGAUAUCUUGCUUUCUGAUUCAUUUUGUUGACUUAGAACUAGAAAAUGCAACUUUUUAUGUCUAAAUUGUACUACUGACUUAUUUUUCUACCAAAUUCAAAAUUAUUUGUGACUUUUUAUAAAAGACUAAGUCUUUCUUACUCAAUAUUCAGCCUUGAAACCUGCUUGUUGAUUUUUUCCUUAACAAAUUGUGCUGGGAAUGAAAUGAAGUUCAGGAUUUUAAUGACGGAUAUUUAUUCUCAAAAAUAUAUGCAUAUAUUGAAUUUCAUUUAUACUUUAGAAGUAGAUUUACGUAAAAUGUAGAUCUCAUACUUAAGACACUGUAAUCUAUUUUUAAGAUAACUCUAUCGCUUUAAAAGCACAAUCAGAUAAUGAAUGUACUUCAGGGGUAAUAUAUAUGAUCUUUAACACAAUAAAUUUUUAUCUUAUCCAUUGGUUAAUUGCAUUGUUUUGAGAUAUGUGCUUAAGGUUUGCUGUGAACUUGUGCUGUGAAUAACUGGUGUAUUAUCAUGUGAAACAAGCUUGUAAUUUAGAAUUUGUAGGGUAAGUGUAGUUUUUGUUGCCACUACAUGCAGAGUAGUGUGUUUGGAGUAUGUUUAAAGUGAGACGUGUGGAUUAUCUCUAAUAUUAGAUGAUACAAUAUCCAGCAUCAAGUACAUGUAGUGUUGUGUCACGUGAUGCAUCUUCACUGAGCUGUAGUUAUUAGAUAUUGGGCAGUGUACAUGUUAUUUAUUUUAUACCCAGAAUUUGUCAUUUGGAUGGCCAUGUACUUUGUUUCGUGUGCUUGGUUCUAUUGUAUUCACGUGUGACCCAAGUAGAUGCACUGUUGCUUACAUUUUAGAAAUUUAGAAUUAUUAAGCUGAACACAAGCAGUGGGGCAGUGUUCAAGAAAUCUACAUUAAUGCUGAAAGCAAUAUGUCCGGCAAAGUUAAGUUAUAAUUUUUUCCUCUGCAGAACUUGUCACUUACAUGGCUAUGUACUUGCACUUUUUCAGUCGCUAACGUUCUCGAAAAGUUGUUAACAGACAUAAAACUUACUUCAACUUGAA